AUGGUUUGCGAGACAAAAAUUGUUGCGGAUGAACACGAUGCCAUACAAGGGACAAAAAAAGAUUCAAUUAUCCUUUCCUCCUCGCAAAUGUGGACUUCUUCCACACCGGCACCGAAUCCUCUCGAGGAAAAUGAUGUGAGGAAAGAUACGGUUUUUAUCCGCGAGUUUGAGCGCACCGACCAUGUGGAAGUGCGCCGCAUCUUUUAUGAGGGGAUUAUGGAGAGAAUACCCAACACGGCAUUCAGAGGCAUAUUACAGCAAAGUCAAACCCAAUUCUUAUAUGCUCUUCUGACACGUAAGUGAGACGAUUCUGCCUAUACUAACGAUUUACUGGAGUGAAAUUCGUUUAAAGUUGCCAUUAUGGACUGAAAAAAGCUUUUCAUUUUACCAAUGUAGGCUAUUUAUUUGCAAAAUAUUAUUGUAAAAUACAUUCUUGAUGAAUAACCCAACCAUACUAACACAUGAAAACCAACGAUUGUAAAGUAUGUUUUUUUAAGUUGUGAGUUGAAAUGCAGUUGAAGGAAUGCCAUAAUCUGUUGGAGCAUCAAUGUAUGUGUCAAUGGAUAAUUCGUUGUCCUCUUUUCCUCGAUUCCGGCAUGUAGCUCAUGUGCCUUACAGCACCGCAUCAAACCGCAACACAAAGGCAUGGCUAAAACGCAUGGUGCAUGUAGUAUGUAGUCGAUUGCCGGUUGGGUUGGACGCAUGAAUGGAUGAUUGAAUAGAACUUGAGGAUUGGCCCACAGUGUGCGCGUGCGUGCACCCCACCAGUUCCCAUCAUACACACAUUUUAACUGUACGUGCACACAACGCGCCGCACCACCACCACCAGCCGUGUGUGCAUGCUGGCAUUGUUUAUAAUUCGAGUGCAGAUGUUAAUAAAAAAUAAAAAUAAAUCACCUAUGUAUGUACACCUCAUUCCUUUAUCUGUACCGUGGUAAGUACCAUACAGAUUAAACAGUAAAAACCAACAUACUCACAUCGCCUAUAUGUCGAAAUUUUGUCUGAAAAAUGGUGUGGGCUAUCAUAUGGACAUGAUGCUAUUAUUUGGAACCAUGACGCUACAAAGUAAGCGCACAAUGUUGACAGUAAGCACGCCAUAUCGUGGUGCAAUGGAGUAAAAUAGGGUUGCAUCAUGUCAGACCAGACAACAUAAUAACAUGCAACGCCGCUGCACAGCCUGUCUGUGUGGUGGGUUUCACUCUGGCGCCACCGUGCUGCCAAAUCAGAGAAAUAGGCUACUCCAAAAAGCACUGACUGUAGUAAAUGGACCAGAGUCUGAGAUGAUAUUGAUAGGCUAUUGGAUGUGUAGGAUAUCUAGGCUAUGUGUAUACACUUACAUUUGCAUCCAGUCAAAGAAAUACAUACUCAACAUAGGAUGUAAUGUGAUGUUUUGUGAUAUUUUUCAAUUAUUUUCUCUAUAUUAUAUGUGUGAUAUUAGGGACUGAUCUUAUUUUGAAGCAGCAACAUAUACUUAUUUUUGGAAUGUCACUGUUUGGUUAUGUGUGUGACUUCCGCCAAAAUCCAACAUUUGAUUCUUUUUUCUGACAGGUAUCGUUUAUUUUUCUUCCUUAUCUCCAUAGUGAUGUGCUUUGUUGUGACCAAAUCCCUCGUGCUGACCUGCUGCGUGCCGUUUGUUCUCAUGGGCGCGCGCUACUUCUACAGCCACAAAGUUAUCCACAACUAUCUGGCCUGCGCGCUGCACACUGACAUGGCGGACAUCGGGGAGUAUUACAUGAAACCUACA